AUGUGGAUUAGAAGUUUUCUAAUUUUAUGCUUAAAUUUUAUUGGAGCAAAUGCAUACAAGCCAGUGGUAAUACUUCAUGGAAUUCUGUCUGGUGCUGAAUCCAUGACACUUUUAGUGCGACAUAUCGAAAAGCUGCAUCCCGGUACAGUUGUGUACAAUUGCGAUAAAUUCGAUGGUUGGUACAGCCUGGAGAAUGAUUGGUGGCAAGUUGAGCAGUUUAGAGACUAUAUAGAUCAAAUUGGAAGACUGCAUCCUGAGGGUAUAAUUGUGUUAGGAUAUUCGCAAGGCGGACUCUUAGCAAGGGCGGCGAUCCAAAGUCUACCGAAUCACAAUGUGAAAACGUUCAUUUCGUUAUCAUCACCACAGGCAGGCCAAUACGGAACAAGUUUCUUGCAUCUCAUAUUUCCGGAUCUAGCAGCGAUAACUGCCUUUGAACUAUUUUAUUCUAAGGUCGGACAACAUACAUCUAUUGGUGGAUAUUGGAAUGACCCACGUAGGCAGUCGCUAUACAUGAAGUAUAGCGAAUUCUUGCCGUUAAUUAACAAUGAAAAGAUUACCUCAAAUUCAACGUCAUUCAAAAUGGGAAUGGUGCGCCUGGAUAAGCUUGUCCUGAUUGGUGGUCCUAAUGAUGGUGUAAUAACUCCUUGGCAAUCGAGUCAUUUUAGUUACUUCAAUGACUCAUUGGACGUGGUUCCUUUUAAUAAGCGAAAAAUAUUUAUGGAUGAUUCGAUCGGUCUGAAAACCUUGCUGGAAGCUGAAAAAUUAAUAAUUAUUGUAAAGCCAUUUGUACAUCAUCUUUCGUGGCAUACAAACCGAAAAGUAAUCAAUCAAGUUAUAAUGCCUUACUUGGAUUAA